ACGAAAAACAAUCGUUGUCUAGCCAGUUGAUGGGAAGCAUCCAUAUAGAAUUGUUCGCAAUUUCUUCGUUCGAACUGAAAUCCGCUAGAAUGAAAACCAAUUUGUUUCGAAUUCUCACGCAGUUCCUGCUUAUUGCACUGGUCGGUUGUUCCCUGGUAAAUGCUGCACCAUUAGAAGAUGAAAGCGAGACGAAGUUAUCGCGAGUUGUGCGUCAGACGACCUACAAGUACCAAGAAGCAGUAGCUGCUUACACAUUUUCGCCAUUUGCUCCGAAGACUAGCCCCACAACUACGACUACUACCACGACUCCAAUACCCGUUACAACGAAAAGGCCGUGGUACAAAUUGUGGAGAUAACUAAUUCGUGUAUGAGACAUGCAAUUGAAAUUCAAUAUAUUGCAACAAGGUGGGAAAGCGGA